AUGGUCUCCACUCGCUCCUCCUCCGCCUCGUCCUCGUCGUCCUCCAAGCCACCAUCCAAACCAAAGCCGCUUGCUGCAGCCUCCUCCAAGUUCCCCUACGAUCUGCCGUACGCCUCGCUGUGUCUGCGCACCCAUCCUCGGCUCUACCGCACGGGCGUCGGCGAGCAGGGCGUGCUCAUGGUGGAGCCGUACAAGUCCGAGCUGCUCCCCUCCUGGCGCUUCAAAGACCCUGCUGCUGCACGCACCUCGUCCACCGCACUUCUCGCUGCCUUUCGUGCGUACCUUGAGGAGGACGACUUUGUGGGCGCCGACAUGGCGCGCAAGUUCAUCCAGAUGGGCUACACACGUGCGCGUAGAUACGCAAACCACACGGGUGGGAAAAAGUACGCCGAGCCCAAGCAGAAGGGCGUCAAGGCAAAGCAGAUCCCCAGGUUGGCGCCAGAAUCGCAGGAUCCAGACAAGGUCGAGGCGGCCAGGAUCUUCAAGGCGGUGCUCGACGACCAGGUGUGGACCGACAAGAGAUACACAGCCAUGAGGGAGGAGCAUGUGCAAUGGGCGAAACAAACGCCCUGGCCCACAAAGGAUGACCAAGAGGUGCAAAAGGCUAUCCUGCACGAUCCGGGGCAGAGGCAGCACACUGUAUCGCCUGCGAUGACAAACAUUGUACAAGCAGCCGACUCGAGCGCCGCUGCAGCGUCCAAGGCCAGCCAGCAAGAUGCAUCCCCCGAGCUCACCGCACGCGAUGCUGUCGACCACGACGACAAUAACAGUAACGCCGACGACGACGAGGGCGAAGAUGACGACGACGAGGAACAAGAAGCAGACGACAACGCUCAAGACGGCAGUGUAGCAGAAGAGAACGAGCAAGAUGACGCCGAGGAAGAGGACGAAGAGGAGGAGAGCGACGAGGGCGGGGAUGUGGGCCUGUCGUACCUGCUUGAAGAUCACGAUGACGACGACGAGGACGAUGACGACUUUGAAGAGUCGCACGACGAAGACGACGACGACGAUCCAGAGAUCCAAGAGUCGGACGACGAGGACAGCACACCCGCAUCGAGUCACAAGCGCAAGAAGCCCUCCACCGCCACCACUUCCGCCAAGCGCACGCGCGGCUCCACCUGA